ACAGAAGGAGGAAGGACAGCAGGGCCAACAGUCACAGCAGCCCUGACCAGAGCAUUCCUGGAGCUCAAGCUCCUCUACACAGAGGAGGACAGAGAAGACAGCAGAGACCAUGGGGUCCCCCUCAGCCCCUCCCUGCAAACUGCAUGUCCCCUGGAAGGAGGUCCUGCUCACAGCCUCACUUCUAACCUUCUGGAACCCGCCCACCACUGCCCAACUCACUAUUGAAUCCACGCCGUUCAAUGUCGCAGAGGGGAAGGAGGUACUUCUACUCGCCCACAAUCUGUCCCAGAAUCGUAUUGGCUACAUCUGGUACAAAGGGGAAAGAGUGGAUGCCAACCGUCUAAUUGUAGCAUAUAAAAUAGAAACUCAACAAACUACCCCAGGGCCUGCAUACAGUGGUCGAGAGACAAUAUACCCCAAUGCAUCCCUGCUGAUCCAGAACGUCACCCAGAAUGACACAGGAUUCUACACCCUACAAGUCAUAAAGUCAGAUCUUGUGAAUGAAGAAGCAACUGGACAGUUCCAUGUAUACCCGGAGCUGCCCAAGCCCUACAUCACCAUCAACAACUCCAACCCCGUGGAGGACAAGGAUGUUGUAGCCUUCACCUGUGAACCUGAGGUUCAGAACACAACCUACCUGUGGUGGGUAAAUGGUCAAAGCCUUCCGGUCAGUCCCAGGCUGCAGCUGUCCAAUGGCAACAUGACCCUCACUCUACUCAGCGUCAAAAGGAGUGAUGCAGGAUCCUAUGAAUGUGAAAUACAGAACCCAGCGAGUGCCAACCGCAGUGACCCAGUCACCCUGAAUGUCCUCUAUGGCCCAGAUAUUCCCACCAUUUCCCCCUCAAAGGCCAAUUACCGUCCAGGGGAAAAUCUGAACCUCUCCUGCCACGCAGCCUCUAACCCACCUGCACAGUACUCUUGGUUUAUCAAUGGGACGUUCCAGCAAUCCACACAAGAGCUCUUUAUCCCCAACAUCACUGUGAAUAAUAGCGGAUCCUAUAUGUGCCAAGCCCAUAACUCGGCCACUGGCCUCAACAGGACCACAGUCACGAUGAUCACAGUCUCUGGAAGUGCUCCUGUCCUCUCAGCUGCGGCCACUGUCGGCAUCAUGAUUGGAGUGCUGGCCAGAGUGGCUCUGAUAUAGCAGCCUUGGUGUAUUUUCGUUAUUUCAGGAAGACUGGCAGUUUUCAUUAUCCACCUGUAGAUUGGACCAGACCCUGAAUUCUUCUAGCUCCUCCAAUCCCAUUUUAUCCCACAGAACCACUAAAAACAAGGUCUACUUUGUUCCUGAAGCCCUGUAUGCUGGAGAUGGACAACUCAAUGAAAAUCUAAAGGGAAAACCCUCAUGCCUGAGGUGUGUGCCACUCAGAGACUUCACCUAACUAGAGACAGUCAAACUGCAAACCAUGGUGAGAAAUUGACGACUUCACACUACGGACAGCUUUUCCCAAGAUGUCAAAACAAGACUCCUUAUCAUGAUAAGGCUCUUACCCCCAUUUAAUUUGUCCUUGCUUAUGCCUGCCUCUUUCACUUGGCAGGAUAAUGCUCUCAUUAGUAUUUCACAAGAAGUAGCUUCAGAGGGUAACUUAACAGUGUCAGAUCUAUCUUGUCAAUCCCAACGUUUUACAUAAUAUAAGAGAUCCUUUAGUCCACCCAAUGGCUGACAUUAGCAGCAUCUUUAACACAACUAUGUGUUCAAAUGUACAGUGGUCCUUUUCAGAGUU